AUGCUCUCCCUCCACCAAACCCUCUUCCUCCUCCUCCUCCCCCUCCUACCCUCCAUCCCCUUCGCACUCGCCCACCCUCAUCCCCACCCCGCCGCCAGUCCCUCCACCCCCACCUCUCCCCCCACCGUCGCCCUCGCCGCCUCCAACGUCCCCGCCGCCUACGGCAUCUACCUCGACACCAACGUCGUCUCCCCGCCGAAGAACUGGGCGCUCUCCUGCGCCGCGCAGGCCGAUGGCCUCUGCGCCCUCUUCGACGACCCCCAUACCGAUCCGGGCAAUACAGCCAACAAUAACCAGAUCGGCAUCCCGCGGGAGCAGUGGAUUUUCAAUGGCGCGGGCCAGACUUGUCAGGCUGGGUUGUUCUUUCCGAAUGUGACGGCUCCGGCGUUUGUGAUGCCGAAGAAUAGGAUGGUUCCCCAGGGCGAAUGCGACGCUUACAUCCUCCGCCCGCUCGCACAAGCGUUGGCGGCUAGUCCUGAUACCCGUGCCAGCGUCAAUAUUCCUAAGGACGGCUUUCCGGAGAAGAAAGGGAGUGCGUUGGGUAAGGCGGUCGAUGCUGGGUUUCCUAGAUUUAUUAUUCAGGCGACGGGUGAUCUGGGUCCGUAUCCACCCGGGCCGGAGAGUGAUAUCGAGUCGUCGGGCUCGACGGGCGGGGGCAGUAGUGGAUAG